AUGGGACCAACGCUCCAUGACACCCUCAUUUCUUUCAGAAAGGGAUACGCCGCCGCGAACCCCAAGUCUCGUCAAUACCAUGAGGAAGCCUGCAAAUACAUGCCAGGCGGGAACACGCGGACAGUGCUACACCUAGAUCCCUUUCCGUUGACCAUCGACCAUGGGCACGAGUGUUACUUGACAACCGUCGACGGGAGACGCUAUACCGAUUUCCUCGGCGAGUAUACUGCAGGCAUAUACGGACACAACCAUCCUGUGAUAAGACAGGCGAUAGAGGACGCAGUGCAGGGUGGCUGGAACUAUGGAGGUUGUAACAAGCAGGAGCCGGAACUGGCAAAAAUCGUAUGCGAGCGGUUUCCUGCAAUCGAGCUGGUCAGGUUUGUCAACUCGGGCACGGAAGCCAAUAUGAUGGCACUUGCUACUGCACUGGCUUUCACUGGGAAGAAGAAGAUCCUCAUUUUUAAUAAAGGAUAUCACGGAUCGACCAUUUCAGGACGAACUGCCUCGAACAAACCAUCUAUCAACCUCCCACACGACUUCAUCGUCGGCACAUACAACGACGUCCAAGGCACUGAAUCGCUCAUCAAAUCUCUGCCUAAGGAUUCACUCGCCGCGAUUUUACUAGAACCCAUGCUCGGGUCUGGGGGUUGUUACCUCGCAAGCAGCGAAUUCCUGUCCACGCUCCGCCGUCUGGCGACCGACCACGGGGCGCUCCUGAUCUUCGACGAAGUCAUGACUUCGCGUCUUCACUACCACGGCCUCGGUAGCCAGACGGGCGUCACACCAGACCUGAUGACACUCGGCAAGUGGGUCGGCGGUGGAAUGAGCUUUGGAGCAUUUGGGGGCAGGAGGGACAUUAUGCAAAUGUAUGAUCCGCGCGACGGCGCACUUCAGCACCCGGGCACCUACAAUAACAACUGCUUCACGAUGAGUGCUGGUGUGGCGGGCUGCAAACUCUUGGAUCAAGCGAGAAUCAACGAGCUGAACGCACUGGGUAACGGUAUGAGGAUGGCGAUUGAGACCGUUUUGUCCAAUCGCGGCGUCUUACAAGGAUGUACCAUCCCAUCUAGCCCAGUGACAGACGACAUGCACACUGCAGGCCACCCGCAGCGGCCGCCAAAGAUGUUUGUCAAAGGCAAGGGAAGUCUCUUGACCAUCCAAUUCGCGGGCCCCGCGGCCGCUGACUUCCAGGAGCUCUUCUAUUUCUGGAUGCUGGAGCGAGGCUUCUACAUUGCCCCCAGGGGAUUUAUCGCGCUCAACAUCAUGCUGACGGAGACAAGUGUGACCAGCUUUGUGGACGCUCUUGACCUUUUUGCCGCAGAGUGGCAUCAUGAAUUGCUAUGGUGA